AUGAAAAGCUCUACAACUUACAAAGUCAGCAAAAUCUAUAUCCUCAUUCAAAUUAUUCAAAUCAUCUUCAACCAUCGUUAUGGUUUAUCAUCAUCACAAUCAACUGGAAAUAUAUAUGGAGGUGGAUAUACAACAUCUCCAUCAUCAAUUAUAUCAUCUAGUCAUAUUCAAUCAACAUCUUCAUGGAAUCAAUAUAUUCCUCCUUAUAUUGGAAAUGGUGCAAAUCCAACAAAUUAUGAUCCAAAUAUUUCUUAUGCACCUUAUUAUCAUAAUUUAUUCGCUCAACAGUACUAUCAAUAA